AUGGCAGACUCCGACGAUAAGGACAAGCGCAGGGAUGAUGAUGAGGAUGAAGACGAGGAGAUUGACGAGAGCGGCUACAAGACCGUAAAAGAUGCUGUCCUCUUCGCCAUCGACGUCAGCAGCUCCAUGCUCGAGAGGCCACCUCCUUCAGACGACAAGAAAGCCGACCGCGACUCUGCCACGUUAGCAGCCUUGAAAUGCGCCUACCAGCUAAUGCAGCAGCGCAUCAUCUCGAAUCCGAACGACAUGAUGGGCAUACUCCUUAUUGGCACUGAAAAAUCAAAGUUCCAGGGCGAAGACGAGAACAGCAGAGGAGGACUCGCAUAUCCGCACUGCUACCUGCUAGCAGACCUGGACGUUCCCUCAGCGACAGAUGUCAAGCGGCUGAGGGACCUAGUCGAGGACGAAGAAGAGGCGGAGAAGCUCUUGGUGCCUUCAAAGGAGCCCGUGUCCAUGGCCAACGUCCUCUUCUGCGCCAACCAAAUCUUCACCACAAAAGCUCCCAACUUCUCAUCGCGGCGGCUGUUCCUAGUCACAGACAACGAUAACCCGCACGCAAACGACAAAGCGCUGAGAUCCGCGGCGGCGGUUCGCGCACGAGAUCUGUAUGAUCUUGGGGUCAUCAUCGAACUCUUCCCUAUCUCACGCCCCGGUCAUGGCUUCGACCGGGCAAAGUUCUACGAUGACAUCGUCUACCGCACCACAGCCUCCGACCCCGAUGCGCCCGCCCCCUUAACCCAAGCCGCUAAAACCUCCUCAAGCGGCGACGGCAUAACACUCCUCCAAUCGCUCCUCUCAGCCAUCCACUCCAAAGCCGCACCUCGUCGCGCGCUCUUCUCGCUCCCCUUCGAAAUCGGCCCCGGUCUCAAAAUCUCCGUCAAAGGCUACAUCCUCCUCAAGCGGCAAGAGCCCGUACGAAGCUGCUACGUCUGGCUGUCCGGCGAGACCGCACAAAUCGCUGUUGGUUCCUCAACGCAAAUCGCAGAGGACACCGCGCGGGCGGUCGAGAAGACCGAGAUCCGCAAGGCGUAUCGCUUCGGCGGCGAGACCAUCUCCUUCACCAAAGAAGAGAUUGCGAGCAUCCGGCACUUCGGUGACCCGGUCAUCCGAAUCAUCGGCUUCAAGCCCAUGAGCAUGCUGCCUAUCUGGGCCAGCACCCGCGCGCCCAUGUUCAUGUACCCCACCGAGACCGACUACAUCAGCUCAACCCGCGUCUUCGCCGCCCUGCACGCGAAACUGCUCGCCGACUCCAAGAUGGCCGUAGCCUGGUUCAUCGCACGUCGCAACGCCUCCCCCGUCCUCGCGGCCCUGGUCCCCGGCGGCGAGAAACUUUCCGAUUCCGGCGACCAGCUCAUGCCGCCGGGCCUCUGGAUCCUCCCCCUCCCCUUCGCAGACGACAUACGCCAAACCCCCGAAACGACCCUCGUCCGCGCGCCCGACACGCUGAUCGACCUGAUGCGCACCGUGAUGCAGCAGCUCCAGCUCCCCAAGGCCGUCUACGACCCCGCGCGCUACCCGAACCCGGCCCUGCAGUGGUUCUACCGCAUCCUGCAGGCGCUGGCGCUCAGGGAGGAGCUGCCGGAGAUGCCGGAGGAUAAGACCGUGCCCAAGUAUCGCCAGAUCGAUAAGAGGGCGGGCGGGUAUGUGGUUGAGUGGGGCACGGAGCUGGAGAAGGAGUAUCAGGCGCAUGUUGGGUCGCAGAGAAGGAACAAGCAGGGUGCGGGGGCGAAGCGGGUGUCUGUGGAUCCGGAGGCGGGUCCGCCGAGCAAGAAGGUGAGGACGGUGGCACAGGGGAAGGGCGCGGAGGGUGUUGGUGACGAGGAGAUGAGGAGGAAUUUUGAGAAGGGCGCGGUGGGGAAGUUGACGGUGCCCGUGUUGAAGGAUUGGUUGGGUGGGAAGCAUCUGCCGGUUGCGGGGAAGAAGGCGGAUCUGGUGGAGAGGGUGGAGGGGUGGUUUGAGAAUAGGUGA